AUGAAGCGGUCUUCCGAGACUGCGUUUACCCCGGAUGUCGAACCCGAAGACGCUGUAGGGUCUGAAGAGCCCGCGAUCCACGCACCACUGAGGGUCGACCAUGCGCGCAGUAUCUGGACCAGUCCGUUUACCUUGCCGUCUAAAACGAUCAAGAAUACCCACCGCAAUAAGCGGAGUUGGAUUUGGCUGGCUCCCUCAUCCAUGUGGUCCUUCACAGCUCGACUGACGCUGAUGAUGACUGAGAGGCUCAACUUAGAAUCGCACAGCGCCCCGAAUCUCAUCGACCGAGACAUCUAUCUCCUGCAUUGGCGACCCGCACCGCCGGACGACCAGCCUGAUAUCCAUGGGCUACCUUCGCUGGACCAUGCGCUCUACUUGUUGAACACUGUGAUGUUCUACAUGGGACAAAACUAUUUCCUUUUCGAAAAGAAGACCUUCCUAGCCCAUCUCCACGAAUUCUACUACGGCGAUGCCCUCUCAAAGGCCAUGGAGUAUAAGUUAUGGUUCGUCCAAUACCUCCUAGUGUUGGCAUUCGGGAGCGCCUUCGUAAUACAGCCCACCAAAAACACCAGGGAACCCCCGGGAGCAAAAUACUUCAUUCGCGCAAUGUCCCUCAUGCCGGAACAUUCGACCUUGUGGAAGGACAGUCUGCUAGCCAUUGAAGUGCUGGGACUUGCAGGACUGUACUUGUAUUCUAUUGAUCAUCGAGAGUCCGCCCACGUAUAUCUUGGUCAAGCCAUACGCAUCGCACAAUUAGAGGGGAUGCAUACCCAACUGCCAGAGGAGGAGCUCGGAAUCGACACGGUGACCCGCUGCCAUAACCUGUGGUGGACUCUCUACCUCAUGGAUCGCCAUUUCUCGGCAUCGCUGGGGCUACCGAUGAUUACCCAGGAUAACGAUAUUACGACCUUGACCGAUCCACCAACGGCGUCAUCGCGCAAUGCAACGCUCAGUCUUCGUGUCCGAUUGUCGCAAAUGCUCUCAUUCAUUCUUUCCUCAAUUUAUAAGACCGAGGAAACUCAACUCGGCAUCUUCUUGGAGCAGACGAGGUCGGUCCUACACACCAUGGCUGGGCUGGCCCAGGAAAUUGAAAGUGCAGUGUCGAUACAGCUCCAGAAGCCCCUUCACCGGGUUCCCAGAGAGACACGCCUUAUCAUGUUAAUAUAUCACCAGUGUGUCAUUGUUGCCACGCGUCCGUUACUAUUGUCCGUUCUCAAAGAACGACUAGAGAAGCUGGGACACGGUGAAGAAGACUGGCAGAGCUUACUCGUUGCCACAGUGGCCCUGAUCGCAACCGGAAUCAAGUCAGCUGCAAAGACAUUACAACUAUUAACCGACGAGGAUGAUCUCUUGGAGGCGUUCCUACCCUUCGACCUAGAAUACACAUACGGAGCUGCAAUCCACCUAAUGAUGGCCCAUACCCUCUUCCCAGGAGCCGUAGAAGACUGUUCCCUCAACCAGGUAUACUCCAUCCUAGACGGAAUGAUCUACAAAGGGAACCAGGUAGCAGCCGCACGAAAAGCCGAAUUGACGCAUCUCGAGUACCUGUUCCAGGAACUGGCCACGCGGAUUGAGCAGUGCGGCUUACAGACUCUCACUCUACACAGCUUACCACAGGAUGAACAUGCGGUUGAAAGUUCCUCACACCAGCUGGAGAAUCACUUAUUACCGGUCCCUGAACCCACUCUGCCGAUGGAUGGGGACCCGGAGCUAUUACCCUCGGAUCUGCGACCGACGGCUAGUAAUAUGGAAUGUCUGGAUAGUUUGGGCAUUUCAUCUUAUGAGUUCUUUUCUAUUGUUGCGCAGAUUGGGCAUCAUGAGUCUUAUAGUCUGCUGGAUCCUAGAGAGACAUAG